UCCGGACCGCCUUGGGGUUAUUUCUGGAGGGGCGGCUGCGCUGUGGUGGGUGCAGCCGGAGCACCGCGGCCUGGCAAGAGCGGGGCGGCCUUAUCGCCUGGUUCUCUAGCAAAAGCCGCCCUCUCCAGAGCAAGCCAGCCGCCAUUCUCUCGCCAUGGUCUCUGGGCCGCGCGGGGCGCUGAGCCUGUUACUCCUGCUGCUCGCGCUGCCGAGCCGCUGCGCCGCGGGCUGCCCUGCGCCGUGUCGCUGCGCCGAGACGCAAGUGGACUGCGGGCGCCGUGGUCUGACAUUGGCCUCGCUGCCUGCCGCUUUCCCACCGGACACGACUGAACUGGUGCUGACGGGCAACAACCUGACGGCGCUGCCACCGGGGCUGCUGGAUGCGUUGCCCGUGCUGCGCGCCGUGCAUCUAGGCGCCAACCCCUGGCGCUGUGACUGCCGCCUGGUGCCGCUGCGUGCCUGGCUGGCCGGCCGCCCGGAGCGCGCACUCUACCGCGAGCUGCGCUGCGCCGCGCCCCUCGAGCUGCGUGGCCGCGUGCUGUCCUACCUGGCCGAGGAAGAGCUGCGCGCAGCCUGCACGCCCGGAGCGCUCUGCCGGGGGGCGCUGGCGGCACAGCUUGUGCUGCUCGGCCUCGGGCUGCUGCACGCACUGCUGCUGGCCCUGCUGCUAGGCCGCCUGCGGAGGCUGCGAGCCAGCGCCCGCGCCGCGCACCGCUUGUCACUGACCGCCCCGCUGGUGUCGGAGUUCGGCGAAGCCAGUGAGUUCUGAGAGGAGCGGACUGGCGUUGAGCGACGCGGGCCUUCCAACUCGACAGGACCCUGCCCUGAGGAGUCUUCGCCCUAGCUUGGACCCGCUCUUCUCCACCCAAGUCCCAUCUCCCAGGCUCGCCACCCCCUGCGGACCCCAGUUCAUGGGAUCCCAACUGCUGCAUGCCCACCCCUAGCGCUACGAGCCCAUGCCCUGGAUGCUUAGGCAGGUCCUCGGGCCCAACUUCAGCCCACACCCUGCGCCCCCCACCCCCAAACUCCAGUGAGGAAUAAACCCCUUCUCCCAAUCUGAA